GAACCCCUCCUACGUCUGCGAAGUGCUCCGAACUGAUAUAUGACAAUAUCUACUUUGGAUCACGUGCUCGGGGAGAAAGACUAAGACGGAUAACGCGUCAUCUCGCCUUCCCAAAUUUUCCCCCCUCGCUAGACCGGGUCCAAAACCUCCAUCCGGAGCAGGCAGGAGAGGAGAACGAUGUUUAACUCGGUCAACCUGGGCAACUUCUGCUCGCCGUCGCGCAAGGAGAGGGGCGCUGACUUCGGCGAGAGAGGGAGCUGCGCUUCCAACCUCUAUCUGCCCAGUUGCACUUACUACGUGCCCGAGUUCUCUACGGUCUCUUCCUUCCUGCCCCAGGCCCCCUCUCGUCAGAUCUCUUAUCCCUACUCAGCCCAAGUGCCCCCGGUCCGGGAGGUCUCCUACGGCCUGGAGCCAUCCGGCAAGUGGCACCAUCGGAACAGCUACUCUUCCUGCUAUGCGGCGGCCGACGAGCUCAUGCACCGGGAGUGCCUGCCUCCUUCCACAGUCACUGAGAUCCUCAUGAAAAACGAAGGCUCCUACGGCGGCCACCACCACCCCAGCGCCCCGCAUGCAGCCCCCGCCGGCUUCUACUCCUCAGUCAACAAGAACAGCGUUCUGCCUCAAGCCUUCGACCGUUUCUUCGACAACGCCUACUGCGGUGGCGGAGACGCGCCUGCCGAGACCCCCUGCUCGGGCAAGGGCGAGGCCAAGGGGGAGCCUGAGGCGCCCCCGGCCUCGGGACUGGCGUCCCGGGCUGAGGCGGGUGCAGAGGCCGAGGCCGAAGAGGAGAACACGAAUCCCAGCUCGUCCGGGUCUGCCCACUCCGCUACCAAGGAGCCGGCCAAGGGAGCCGCCCCCAACGCCCCCCGCACCCGCAAGAAGCGCUGCCCUUAUUCGAAAUUCCAGAUCCGGGAACUGGAGCGAGAGUUUUUCUUCAACGUGUAUAUCAACAAAGAAAAGCGGCUGCAGCUGUCCCGGAUGCUGAACCUGACGGACCGACAAGUGAAAAUUUGGUUUCAGAACAGAAGGAUGAAAGAAAAAAAACUGAGCAGAGACCGGCUGCAGUAUUUUUCAGGAAAUCCGCUGCUGUAACUGCAGACCGCGUUUUUUGGGGGGAGGGAGGGAAAGGGGGAAAUUAUUUUAUUUUAUUUUUAUUUUUUAUUUUCUAAGUCUUUUUUUUUUCCGCGGGUGGAAAACUGAACUGUGGGCCAGGGCUGGCCCCCACUGCCGUUGCUGGCAGUUCCUUCCGGAAUCUCCUUCGCUUUGGGUCUGACUCUCACUGUGGGAACAGAGACCCGGCCUGGAAAAGGGGGUGAAGGGA